AUGGCCCGGAUAUCGUCUGACCCGCUUAUGGUUGGGAGAGUGAUUGGAGAUGUUGUGGACAAUUGUUUGCAGGCAGUGAAAAUGACAGUGACGUAUAACUCCGACAAGCAAGUCUACAAUGGCCAUGAACUUUUUCCUUCUGCAGUUACAAACAAACCUAAGGUUGAGGUCCAUGGGGGUGACAUGAGAUCAUUCUUCACUUUGGUCAUGACUGAUCCUGAUGUCCCUGGACCCAGUGAUCCUUAUCUAAAGGAGCACUUGCACUGGAUUGUUACCGAUAUUCCAGGGACAACCGACGUGACAUUCGGAAAGGAAAUAGUAGGGUACGAAAUGCCUCGGCCAAACAUAGGGAUCCACCGAUUCGUGUAUUUGCUGUUCAAACAGAACCGAAGAGGAAGUGUGGUUUCUGUUCCGUCUUACCGAGACCAAUUCAACACUCGAAUAUUUGCACAUGAGAACGAUCUCGGCCUUCCUGUCGCAGCUGUUUUCUUCAACUGCCAGCGUGAAACCGCGGCCAGACGCCGCUAA